UAACUACGUGCAGCCGAACUUCAGCACAGUGUUCACACUCUAACCGCCGCCGCCAUGUCACCAUCCUGAGACACAGAGAGAGACACAGUUGCUGCUGGUUUCACACAACACUUUGAUAUGGACGCACGGGUGCUGUUGUUGGUCCUCUGUCAGUGUGUCGUCUCACGGAGUCACCUGAACGAAGAGUACUACUUCGGGCAGUUCCCAGCGGGGUUUGUGUGGGGGGCCGGCACCUCGGCCACUCAGACAGAGGGAGCAUGGAGAACGCAGGGACGAGGCCCCAGUGUUUGGGACACCUACUCACGCGCACCUGGCCGCACCCGCGGGGGCGCCACCCCUGACGUCUCCGCCGACAGCUACAACCACUACAUCGAGGACAUCGAGCUGCUGAAGAGUCUCGGCGUGUCCUCCUACCAUCUGUCGCUGUCCUGGUCUCGUCUCAACCAGGAAGGUGCGGGAACCCUGAAUCAGGAUGGCGUAAAGUACUACACAGAGCUGCUGCAGGCGUUGAGGGACGCCCACAUAGAGCCUUAUGUGACGCUGUACUACUUGGAUCUCCCCGAGGCCCUGGAGAGGACAGGAGGCUGGCUGAAUGAGGACACCGUGGACAACUUCACGGCGUAUGCCGAACAAUGUUUUAAUCUUUUUGGAUCAAAUGUGACGUACUGGGUCACAAUGCAUGACCCGCACACCGUGGCCUGGAGGGGGUACGGCGAGGCGUCCGCUCCCCCGGGGAAGUGGGAACCAGGGACCAAUCCCUACAUCGCCGCCAGACACCUCAUCCUUGCCCAUGCACGUGCUCUAAGUGUAUACAAGAGCUUGGAUGAAUCUGUGUCCGGAGGUCAAAUAGGCAUCUCCUUAAGCACCGACGUGUUCGAGCCCGAAGAUCCGACACACUCAGGCGACCUUCUAAGUGCCGAGAGAGCCAGACAAUUUCACAUUGGAUGGUUCGCCAAUCCCAUAUUUCACGGGCAGUACCCGGAUGUAAUGACAUCUCAAAUCGAGGCUAAAAGUAACCAGAUGGGAAAACCCUCCCGGCUUCCUGACAUCCGGGCAGCUCUUCAGAGUAUUCCAAAUUCGGGUGAAACUGACUUUCUCGUCGUGACCUACACCUCAUCAUAUCACGUGACCCACGAGGAACGGCCAAAUAUUGAAGCGAGUUAUCAGGACGACCAGGACAUCCGUAGGACGGAGAAGUGGUCAGAAGAUGGUGUGAGGAACGCCUUAAAAUGGUUGCAUGGAAAAUACAACGUCACUGUCCACGUAACCGGAAGCGUCGCCACUCACAAUGCGACGCUUAAAGAUGCCCAUCGCAUCCAUUACUUCAAAUGGCACAUUGAUCAAGUUUUGAAAGCAAUAAACCUGGACAGUUGCAACAUCACCGGCUACGUCGCCAGGCCAUUACUGGACGGCUUCCAAUGGUCCGAAGGCUACUGUACCAAAGGAGGACUGUUCUCGGUAGACUUCUCAGAUCCCGCGAGACCACGUACACCACGUGCCUCCUCUCGCCAUUUCUCGCAGAUAGUGGGAGACAACGGGAUCCUGCCCGGGUAUCGCGGUCUUGGGGGCGUGGCGUCCGGCAUCGUGGCGUAUGAGGAUGACACGGAGAUCUAUUUUGACGACUUCCCCGAGGACUUUGUGUGGGCUGCUGCCACCUCGGCAUAUCAGAUCGAAGGAGCGUGGAAUGAGGACGGUAAGGGAGAGAGCAUUUGGGACCGACUGGUGCACACACCUGGCAACGUCUACAACAACGACACCGGCGACGUCGCCUGCGACAGCUACAACAAAUACAAAGAAGACGUGAAGCUCCUGAAGAAUCUGCAUGUGACCGACUAUCGGUUCUCCAUUGCCUGGACCCGCCUGGUGCCCACGGGGAGGAUAGCUGAUGGCGUCAGUGCCGCGGGGAUCACCUACUACCACAGACUGAUUGAUGAACUCCUUGCCAACGGGAUUCGACCCAUGGUCACUCUGUACCACUGGGAUCUGCCUCAAGUCCUCGAGGACAGCGGUGGCUGGCUGAACGAGUCGAUUGUUGACGACUUUGUGGAUUAUGCCAAUUUGACCUUCUUUGAAUAUGGCAACAAGGUGCCCUUCUGGAUUACAUUCAACGAGCCGCCAAUCAUCUCCAUCCUCGGGUACGGGGAGGGGGCGUUUGCUCCCAAGAAGAGGGACCUGACGCAGAAUCCCUACAUCGUGGCGAGGCAUCUGAUCCUGGCUCACGCGAAAACUUUUCACCUCUACAAUAACACCUACAGAGCCUCACAGUCAGGCAUCAUUGGCAUCACUGUGAACUAUGGGUGGAGCGAGCCGAGAGACCCCCUGGACAUGGCGGACAUCCAUGCAGCGGAGAGGUCUAUCGAGUUCUACGGGGGAAUAUACGGCCACCCCAUCUACGUGGACGGCGACUUCCCCCCUGUCGUGAAGCAACAGGUGGCCAUGAAAAAUCGGGCUGCCAACUGGACCAGCUCCCCAAGACUGCCGCCAUUCUCAGAGGAGGAGAAGGCACUUGUCAUGGGAACCUACGACUUCCUAGGCCUGAACUUCUAUACAGCCAACAUCGCGUACAACAACGUUCAGAACGUCAGCGACCCCCCCAACAUCUACAACGACCAAGACAAUGGCGCAUACCAGGACCCCAGCUGGCUAGGAUCCGGAUCCGACUGGCUGAAGGUCACACCAUUUGGGCUGCGUAAAAUGCUGAACUGGUUCAAGUACCAUUACAACAACGUACCGGUUUACAUAACCGAAAACGGUGUGUCGGACCGGAAUGGAACCCUGUAUGAUGAACACCGUGUGCGAUUCCUCCGCCACUACAUCAACGAAGUGCUGAAAGCUAUCAAGCUGGACAAGUGCAACGUGAAGGGAUACACAGCUUGGUCUCUGAUGGACAACUUCGAGUGGUUGGCGGGUUAUCGCGAGAUGUUUGGCAUCCAUCACGUCAACUUCUCACAUCCAGACAGACCCCGCACCCCAAAGUCUUCCGCUAAAUGGUAUACAGGUCUCAUCGAUGACAACGCGUACCGACCAGGCUACUCUCGGCCCGGGGGUCGUGGCACUGCCGUCAAGACAGUUAAUGACUUCUAUUAUAGUACUUUCCCUGAAGACUUCAUAUGGGCGGCGGCCUCUUCGUCCUUCCAGAUUGAAGGAGCCUUUGAUGCUGACGGCCGUGGUGAAAGCAUCUGGGACAACUUCGCGCGAGUCGACAACAACCACACGGGGAAGAUUGCAUGUGACAGUUACCACAAAUACCAAGAUGACGUCAAUCUCCUGAAAAACAUGGGGGUCAGUCAUUACCGGUUUUCCAUCGCCUGGUCCCGAAUAUUUCCUGAUGGUACUCUCAGGUCGAAGAACCAGGGAGGAAUCAACUACUACCACCGGUUGAUCGACGCCCUGCUGGUGGCGGGCAUCAAGCCCAUGGUCACUUUGUACCACUGGGACCUGCCACAAGCCCUGCAGGACCAGGGAGGCUGGACCAACGCAUCCAUCAUCGCAAACUUCAGGGAUUAUGCCGACGUUUGCUUUGAAGAAUACGUCGGCAAGGUGGAUUACUGGAUCACCUUCAACGAGCCGUGGGUGUUCACGGUCCUAGGGCUGGGGACGGGCGACAUGGCCCCGGGGCACAGGAAUAUAGGGGACGAGCCCUACCUAGGGGCCCACAACGUCUUGCUGGCACAUGCUGAGGGGUACCACCUGUUUGGCAACAAAUACAGGGCGCAAAAUCCGGAAGUCCAAGUCGGCAUCACCCUCAACAUUGACUGGGCGGAGCCUAAAGACCCCCUCAACCCGGAACACAUCGAGGCAUCGGAGUGGGCGGUGCAUAUGUUCCUGGGAUGGUUUGCGAACCCCAUAUAUGGUAAUGGAGACUAUCCGGAUGUGAUGAAGCGGAGAAUUGCUGCGGUCAGCGCUGCGCAGGGAUUGAACCAGUCCAGGCUACCCGCAUUCACUGAAGCACAGAAGGCGUUCAUCAAUGGCACCUCUGAUUUCUUUGGUUUGAAUCACUACACCACACAGUACGUCAGCAAACAGAAUGAGAGUCUCGCUGGAGAGAGUGCCCCCAACUACUUCCUAGACAGAGGGGUGGACACGGAGUUCGAUCCCCAAUGGAUCAAAUCCGGUUCUUCCUGGCUCCGUGAUGUACCAUGGGGUUUACGGAAGAUUCUGAACUGGAUCAAAAACAAAUACGGGGAUGUGCCGAUCCUCAUCACGGAGAACGGCGUGUCAGAUAGGAGCGGCGUCCUUGACGACCAACACCGCAUACAUUUCUACAGAUACUACAUCAACGAGGUGAUGAAAGCAAUCCACCUGGACAAGGUCAACGUCCGGAGCUACACGGCGUGGAGCAUCAUGGACAACUUCGAGUGGGCCCGGGGCUACACGGAGAGAUUCGGACUGCACUACGUCGACUUCGACGACCCCAACCUCACCCGUGUCCCCAAGGCGUCGGCAGCGUUCUACAGACAUGUGAUACAGGACAACGGGUUCAAGAAAGGUGCACUCACUGACCCCAACAGACAACCACUUUCGCACGAAGACGACUUCCUGUACGAUCAUUUCCCAGAAGGCUUUGCAUGGGGCGCUUUCAGUUCCGCCCUGCAGACGGAGGGUGGCGGAAAUUUGCAUGGGAGGGGUGACAGUCUAUGGGACGUGUUCACAACAACUGAAGACGGCCCCAUGUCCUACCAUCACUACAUGGCCGAUGUACAGAGUCUGAAAGAUAUUGGGGCCAAGGUGUAUUACCUCUCGCUGUCCUGGCCUCGGAUCCUGCCAAACGGUGACUCUGGAAAUAUAAAUCGUGAGGGAAUCAAGUUCUACCACAAGCUGCUGAUGGCUGUCACGGAGGCUGGCAUCCAGCCUAUAGUCACCCUCCAUCACUGGGACGUCCCUGCUGCCUUCAGCAAUGGCUGGCUUAGCGAGGAUAUUGUAGAAGCCUUUGGCAACUAUUCAAGAAUAUGUUUUAAAGAGUUCGGUGGAAAGGUGAAAAUGUGGAUUCCUCUGAAUGAUCCGAACAAAAUGGCGUUGCUAGGAUACGAGCAGGGCAACCACGCCCCUGGUAUUAGAGGCGAAGGUUAUACAGCCGCACAUAACAUGCUGAAGGCUCACGCCUCCGUCUACCGAAUAUACCAGCGAGAGUUCCAACAUUCCCAGGGAGGCAAGGUCGGAUUAGCAGUUCGCUCGGCGUGGUUUAUCCCGAAGACAUCACGUGACCCUGGAGACUGGUUCGGGCAAGCUCUAUCGUUUGCCUACAAAUCUGAUUGGAUGGCUGACCCAGUAUUUUUAGAUGGAAAUUACCCGGCUGUGAUGAGACAGGAAGUCCACUUGAGAAGCAAGUACCGCAACAUGACAUCGAGGCUGCCGGUUCUUACAACGGAGGAGCAGAAAAUGAUAAAAGGUUCUGCGGACUUCCUGGGUAUCAGCUACUACACAGCACACCAGGUGGAGAGGGUCACAAACUACCCCCCGACUGCAGCACCCAGCAUCGCUGAUGACGUGUCCGUCAAGACGUCUGCCGACAACUCUUGGCCCAGGACAAAUCUGGACUGGCUCCGAGUCUACCCGAAGGGAAUCCGUCAAAUCCUGAGACGAGCUAGAGAGCGUUAUGGCAACAUUCCAAUUUACGUCACUGGGAACGGCGUGUCCGACGACCCGGGCACCACCGACGACAAGCUCCGGGCAUCAUACAUUGCGCAUCACACCAAUGAAAUUCUUAAAGCUAUAAAAUUAGACAACGUGGACGUCCGUGGCUACGUCGUUUACAGCCUCCUCGACGGCUUUGAGUGGAGAGACGGCUACAACGUCAGCUUUGGCCUUUUCGCCAUCAACAAGACUGACCCGGCCAGAGCGAGGGUCCCUAAGCUCUCGUCAAAAUACUACUCUCACAUCAUAAAGAACAACGGCUUCGUGUCUCCACCCAUGUCCACGACGGAAGCGCCUGUGAGGACAACAGUGAUAUACAGAAACUGUCCGACUUCACAUGGCACAAAUAUGGUGUUUUCACCAAUAAUAGUUUUAUUCGUGCUCUUCUUGUCUUCAGCACUUUAACUUUUGAUGAGAAAUGACACUUCUUUAUUAACAAUAUGCUAUCAGUAUUCUAGAAAAUGAAGAAGCGAAUAUUUUUUGAAGAAUUGAUGGGGUGCGGUGUGGCAAGGUGGAGGGGAGGGCACUCGCCGUCUGUGAGCUGACAGUACGUAUAGCAGUCACUGAAUCAGCGUGGAAUUAACGGCCAUUCCAAGAGUCGCAGUGAUCCAGGAACUAUAUGUAUUGUAUUGGAUUACGUGGGUUGGUAUAGAUGCAGAUGUUCGCAAGAAGUUUGUAGUGAUUUAUAAACACUUUUCGUAAGAUGGUAUAUUUUUUUACCAAAUGUAAUUAGGAAUGUACAUGUAGUGAAAUUUAAAGUUUCGAUGUUGUGACGUCUAGGAUUGAAGUGCUUCAUCCGUUGUUGUCCUACCGCUUCAUUAAUCAGUGUAUAGCCAGAUCUGUUCCCAGCUGGAGUAGGAUGCUAGAUUGCUACAAAGAUGGAGGACGAUAUUUCAGAUCGGGUGGUUGAAAUACAUGAGCCGGCUGAUGUGUCAUCGCUCAUGUAGCCCCGCACCUGAUUUACAGACCAGUGUGAUGCAGAUGUAAUAUUGUUGAAUGUGACUUGUUACAUUCACACUUACACAACACAUAGUGAGUGCCGUCUAUAGCCAGGUCCUACACUUGGUACUGACCUUCGUGGACUUGUAUUCUUCAGCCCCACCUUGUUUGAUUACGUAUUUGGAUAACGGGCGGUUCGUGACGAGAAGCAUCUAAAUAAUUAUAUUUUGUAUACCGUAAUAUACAUAAAACUAGUUAUCCGUAUUUUGUGCACCUGUUUUGUAAGUAAGCAUGGCAAUAAAGCAACACAUGUUUUUUAUUAUAUUUUCCAUUUAGGAACAUACUAAACCAAUUAUUCUCCACAUCUUUUUCGAAUGGUGCAUAGUCCCCCAAUCGAUACGUAAACACUCGUUGUGUUUGUGGCCAUUGUUAUCAACAUGAUCACAUUGUGGAAUGACUGUGUUAACGUGGCAAUGAAGAAUACAGCUACUUGAUAGGUCUGUUGUUGAGGUUGUGUUCAUGACUGUGUUAACGUGGCAAUGAAGAAUACAGCUACUUGAUAGGUCUGUUGUUGAGGUUGUGUUCAUGACUGUGUUAACGUGGCAAUGAAGAAUACAGCUACUUGAUAGGUCUGUUGUUGAGGUUGUGUUCAUGUGUUUUCCAUAGUGACACACUGAGUUGCGCAUACAAGGUCGCAGUAUGCACACAAAACCCCUAGCGACUGAGAGCACUGCAAUCAUCAUUGAGGGAAACAAACACUGCCUCGACCCGGGCGUGUUUUAACAGAUUUUCAGGAUAACCAGGGCGUCAUGUUGAUUUUAGUGCCAACGGCAAUUUCAAAUUGAUGCCAAUGAGACCAAUAACUUCAAUACGUACCAUAUAUGGUUGAAUAUUGUUUUAUGAUAAAUUCCCAUCAUUGCUGUAAAGGUGUUGUAUGCGUGGAGGGAGUGUGGGCAGUACCACAUGUAUGUUACCUGUGUUGUACAUAGCAUCAUGGUCUGGUUCAAACCAGUGAAGAUCUAUUGAUGAGAAAGAAUGAAUAAAAUGUAACAAGAAGAA